AUGGCCAACGGCGGAAUCGGCGGGAGACCGGUGAUGAUGGCGGAAGAGCUACGACUUCGGGGAUCAACGGCUUCAGGCGGAAGAAUUCCUGGAAAGAGGGAUGGUGUCCCUUUAAAAACACUAUUCAGAAGGCCCUGGCAAACCACUGUCUUAUUAUGCCAAGAACAACCAUGGAUCAUGCACAACCAACAGAAAAAAGCUAACAGCGUGAAGGGGACCGUAUCCUUAGAUACUGGUGCCUCGCUCGGUGAGGUUGUCCAUGUGCGACAGGUGGCUCCGGACCGUCAUCAAUCUACUGUGCGCAAUAAUGAAUCCAUCAGAAUUGGUACCUGGAAUGUCAGAACUCUGUACCAAAGUGGAAAACUGGAGAACGUUACACAAGAGAUGGCCAGAUUGGUUAUCCAUAUACUCGGAGUGUGGGAAACAAGAUGGGAUAACAAAGGCUCAACGGAUUUUCAAUCUUAUGAUUACAGAAUUAUACACUCUGGAGGUGAAACACAUCAAAGAGGGGUUGGGAUCAUUCUCGACAAAGAAAGAGCAAAAUGCCUGAUGGGAUACUGGGCUAUUUCAGACAGAGUUAUUCUAGUCAAGCUAAAGGGGCAACCUUUCAACAUAUCUAUCAUUAUAGUGUAUGCGCCACCAUCGGAAAGCAGUGAGGAGGAAAUCGUAGCAUUCUACAACAAGUUAGAGGAAGCAAAAUCACAUUGUAAGUCUCAAGAAAUUGUUGUCAUAAUGGGAGAUCUAAAUGCUAAAGUUGGUCAAGAAGCAGAUGGAGAAGUAAUCGGAAAACAUGGCCUUGGAAUACAAAAUGAACGUGGUGAAAGAUGGGCUCAAUGGUGCAAAACAAACGGACAAAUCAUUACCAACACAUGGUUUAAACAUCAUCAAAGGAGGAUAUGGACAUGGAAUAGCCCGGGCGGUCAAUAUAAGAACCAAAUUGAUUACAUAACCAUAAACAAACGCUUCAAAAAUGCAGUCCAGCAAACCAAAACUUAUCCAGGGGCUGACUGUGGGAUUGACCAUCGACUACUGUUUUGCAAAGUAAAAAUAAAACUGAAGAAGCUACAACAAGGAAAAGCAACACCAAAAUUGAACUAUGAACUAUUACAAAAAGACCCGGAAAUUAAGCAAAGUUAUACAGUUAAAGUGAAGAAUAGAUUUGAAGCACUGAGAGUGGAAGAAAAAUCAAAAUGGAAUAUAUUCAAAGAAGCGUUGGUAACAUCAGCGAAAGAAGUCAUUCCAAAAAAAGAAAGACCUUGCAAAAGUGGAUGA